ACUAAGUUCAAUGAAAUAACAAUGUGAAAAGGAUGAAUAGUUUGAUCUCAUUAUUGAUGAAAAACUAUCCUGUUAAGAGUAAUCCACAUCAACACAAUCUAAACAAAGCAAUGCUAAUCUUGCAAUGUUGCAAGACAAUACUAAAAAUUUUAAAUUAAAAAGAACUCAAAGUAAUUAUAACUAUAUUUUUAAAGAAAGCUUACUUUAACUCGAUCGCAUUCCUCCACAAAGAAGAGGUUCUCAAUCCUGUGUAGAGCCAAUUUCAAUCAUUUAAGAAGAGGUAAUCAUUCAAUUCAUAUAAUUAUUAGUGUAAAUAUAUUGGGAAACAAAAACUAUACAAUGUUUAUUGGUACGACGAAAAUAUUGAUAACAAAUAUGAAAUCGUUGUAUCAGCAACUCAAGACACUUUGAUCUCUGAUUUUAUUACGUUAGUUAUAAAAGAAUUCAACUUGUAACAUGAUUAUAUUCAUUUCCCAUUUACACAAGAUGGAUCACUCCUCUAUGAAUUGUACAUCCCAAAAAAAAAAAAUGGAAAACCAAAUGAAGAUUUUCCAGGUAAUUCUAUUUUAAUAUUCUAUAAGCUCUUUCUGAAAAAACUUAAUUAGGCAAAACAAAUAUUACUUAAUUUGCUUUCAAAGUGACGAAACUAGAAUCUCAUUAUGUUAGUUCUAUUGUCUAAUAAAGUGUUUAGUUAUCAACAACAAAGAUUAAAGACUAACAUGUCAUGAAUGAAAAGUCAUUCUGGUAAAAACUAUUCUUUUGCUGUAAUUUUGAUAUUUGA